CUGGGCUGUCGCUGCCGUUGGGACCUGCCCUAGCCCAGCGCUCGGGCCGGGCCGGGCCGGGCCGGGCCGGGCCGCGCCGCACUAGGCACUUUCCUGCUCCGUCCGCGCCGCAGGUAAGGAGACGAAGCCUGUUGAAGCCAUGUGACAGCUUGAGUAGCUUCCAUUAAAACUUUUGGUAAAGAACAGCUGACCACAGACAUGCUAUGUUUUGGAGCUCUGCCUGUGGGGCUGACCAGCCAUUGCUGUCACCAGCUAGCAGUGCUGUUCCUUUGCGCUUCUGUAUAUGACACCAGCUUCUGAUGCUACUGUUGCUUUAGAGUAACAGUCAGAUUCUUGUUUUAGGGCUGUUCUUUGCACUGGAGCACAAAACCUGAAAAUUUACAGUUUCCGGAUGAAGAACUAGGCUGGAGCUUGCUGACUUGGGGCUUUUCUGCUCUGAUUUUUCUCUGUGCUGUUUUUGAUCAGUUCAGCAGUGAAUUCCUGCCUCCUUCCCCCUUGCUUGUAGUUAAUCUUCAAAGUUGAUUGCAUUUUGUUACCAGGGCACAUAUACACUUCAAAUGAAAGUAAUUUUAAAAGCUGUUUUCUGAGAAGAGCCCUGUGUUCUCAGAAAAGUCUUUGUAUUGCUUCCAAGUUCUCAAGGAUUUUUUAACCUUGCAUGAAGACAUCUCUUCCUCCCUUCCUUUACUUGCUGUGGCAGGUGGUUGUUGGUUUUGUGUUUUGUGUCCCUGCCCAUGGCAGAGGGUUGGAACUAGAUUAGCUUCAAUGUCUCUUCCAGCACAGGCUGUCCUGUGAUGACCCUGCUCUACCUGUAAUGAUCGUGCUCCAUGACAGCCCUGCCCCAUGACUCUUCUGUGAUGUAGCUGUGUCACUGAAAUGGUGUAAAUGAUGCUGAAAACAAGAAAAGGAAAAUAUUUAAGCCUUGUCUGUGUUCUGGUAUAUACUUGCUCUGAUAGUGACCUGACCUUUCCCAUUUAGAGGUGGUAAUGGUUUGUGGCAGACAGUUGUAUCUGUAGAGGCACAAGACAAUGUAUUUGGAAUAGUUGUGAGAAAGUACAAAGCUUGAGGUCCUGGCAAAAUAAUCUGUUUCCAAAAGAAAUAGAAAACCAUAGCAUUCGGAAGACUGGUUAUUCUUAAGAUGUUUAUAAGAAUAUUAUCCUUUAUUCAUUAAACACCGCCAGUAUACUGUUUCCUGUGUUAGAAAUACAUUAGAAUAAAAUAGCGUGCGUGCUUUUGGUUAGUUGUGAAUAAAAAAGUAGGAUGAGAGAAAGGGGAAUUUGCUGAUGACUUAUGUGGACAGCUGUUGAACAGCCAGGAUGCCAUUCUUGGAAUCUAAAGCAAGCUGUCUUCACAUCUGUAAGAGGAGGAUAGCAUUGUGUUUAAAAUGGAAGUUGACAUAAAUGGAGAGUCCAGAACUACCAUAUCCACCCUUCCUGUGCCUCUUGCAGAAGUGAGUCCUGUGGGCAGGAUGGAAACAGAGAAACCCCGCUGUUCCAGUACCCCCUGCUCACCAAUGCGACGGACAGUUGCAGGGUAUCAAAUCCUGCACAUGGAUUCUAACUACCUGGUUGGCUUCACAACUGGAGAGGAGUUGCUAAAAUUAGCCCAGAAGUGUACGGGAAGUGAAGAGAAUAAAGGGGAAUCUGGGCCAAACUUGCACUCCAAACAGCUUGAUUCAGGACUUACACGUUCCUCUCGUUUGUACAAAACUAGAAGUAGGUACUAUCAGCCAUAUGAGAUCCCAGCAGUAAAUGGAAGGAGGAGGCGAAGGAUGCCAAGCUCAGGGGAUAAAUGCACCAAGGCUUUACCAUAUGAACCCUACAAGGCACUUCAUGGUCCCCUGCCUCUUUGCCUUUUAAAAGGUAAAAGGGCUCAUUCGAAAUCCCUGGACUACCUCAAUUUAGACAAAAUGAGCAUUAAGGAACCUGCUGACACGGAAGUGCUACAAUACCAGCUCCAACACCUCAACCUCAGAGGGGACCGUAUGUUUGCAAGAAAUAGCACAUGAGCUAUCAUAACUUGAAUUUAGAACCAAUUUCUAGUUAUUUCUGUUGCUGCAAAAAUCCACUGUUGUACUGUGUACAUGACUGUCCACAUUGUAUGUGGUUGUAUCAGUUAAAUAUUAUCAGAAAAUAAUUUAUUUGAAUAGAUUCUUGGAAAUGCAAUGUGUUAAAAAUAUGUGGAGGGAGAAAUCCUUCCUAAGAAAGCAGCUUCUGAUGCAAAUUUGACUUCAACUGGUGGAUAUUUCUUUGAACACCUUUUAACAAAAAAAACACCACCACCUUUUGAUUGUGGGGUUUGGGAUAGGGGGUUUUUUUGUACAGUUAGAGCUGGUAUUUCCAGCAAUUUAACACUGAAAAAAUGGUGAUGUCUGCUUGGUUGUUGCUAAUUUUGGCUUGAUGUUAGAAACUGCUCUUGGAAAAGUGCUUAAGUUUAGGAAGCUUUUUGGUUUGACUUUCUGUUCCUGUAUUCUACAGUAAAGCAUAUGUAUUUAUUUUUUCUUUUCACAUCAUGGAGAGGAAAGUGAGCUUGGUUAAAUAAGAUCACUUCUGUUUAAAAAAUUAAGUUCAAACAUUUUCAGACUGCACUUACAAUGGUGAUGAGGGUGAGAUUAACUCAGCAAACCUUUGCUACUUGAAUCCUAUUAAAUGAUUAUUUAUUUUUAUUUGUUUUUAGUUUCUGUGUGGAAGUAGUUGCUUUGCCUCCUCUGUUCUAUAUAAAAUUUGUUCAGGAUAAGUAUUUGAGUCAUUAAAAAAAAAUCUUUUGGGGAGUAAAGGUUCUUUUUUUGUAAGUGGGAUUUAUUUUUCACAUUGUCAUGGCCCAAAAAAUGAUGUACUGCAGAUUCCACUAAAUAAACUGGAAUAUCUGCUUUGAUAUGUUAGUAAUGGUUUUGAUUUUUAAGCUGUGAUUUCAGUAUCAUGCAUAGUAACAGGAAGUGUCAAACAACUUCAUCGUUGCUUUGGAAGUGCAGUUGUUUUGAAGCACUGAACACUAGAGAUCUGUAAAGCCAUUUUUUAUUUACUUUUGGGGGUUUUUUUUGAUGGAGUGCAGGUCCAAGAUCGAAGAGAUAAUCCUGGAUUAAUUAUCUGAGUAGAUUGAAUACACUGGCUUACUUACGUUACUUAAGAAUUUUUUUGUCCAGUCAUGAUGUAAAACUCAGUUUGGCAGCUGUAUCCGUAGAUGUAUUUAAAACAUCUUAGUAACUUUAAAAAGGAGCAAUAGUUUUUAGAGGUGUUUUUAAUUUUAGGUGUAAUCUUUUACUUGAAUCAGUGUGCAGCUUUUGGCUGAUGACCUCUUAGAAGUAGUUUAAAAAUAAGAUCACAUUGUUGGAAACAUAAAUUAUUUGAUCAGUUGUUUCUGGUAGAAUUAAUAUUUGUUUGUUUAUCAUUCAGAAUGAAUAGAAAGCACUACUUAGUGCAUGUACUGUGGAGUUCUCAUUCUGUCACUCCACAGCUGGUAAAUUAAGGCAGCCCAUUAGUCUGCAUUUUGCUAGUUUGGUUAUCUUUUUUUUUUAGAUUUAUUAGAAUCAUUGCAACAAACCGAUAUGUAUUUUUAAAAGCUAACUACACAAGUGUAAACUUAAUGUAUUGAACAAUGAUUUUGAAAGUAAAAUCUUACAUAGUCUUUAGUUUGAAAAACAGAUUAUGGUCAGAUGCCAAAGAGAUGGGGAUUUUCUUUAAGGAAUAAACUCCAAUGUUUAAUGAAAUACCCUGUGAAACUACGUUUCUGGCUGAAAAAUAAAAAGGGUGGUAUGAAAA